AUGAACGAUGACCGCCGCAGUGCAGAUGGACAUCCCGACAUCGUGCGCGACGUCCUCGCUCAUCUUGGCCAGGCAGACCUCCUCUUCAAGAAGAUCGCUUCGGCACAGGAUGGAUCCAUAGACGCCUCGGUCCUGGCUGCCAAGCGAAGGCUGCGCAGAUUGGUGGGUUCAACUCGGUCAAGCGACUUCGUGGACGAUGUAUCAGGUGCGCUCGAUGUUGCGCUCGCCAGCCUUACUACGUUGACACGACUGUGCGAUCACAAGUUCGUCACCUACAGCUACGACAGCAUUCCGAUUGUCUGGAGGGCAAUCUAUGUGCAUGCCCAGCUUCUCAAGGCAUGCUGUAUCCUCAUGGCUCGAUCAAGCCGUAAUGCAGAGGAGGAGUCCAACCGUCUCCGGCUUUGCAUACGCGACCUGGAUCUCGCCUUGAUCGUCGCUGGUGCUGCUUCCAUCGGCGAGGAUCAAAACUGUCAUGACCUGAUCUCGGCGCUGCAACAACGCCUCCUCCAUCUGCCAAACGAGGACCAGACAAGCGCGUCAGCACCACGGCAUCCGAGCGAUGACCUCCCUCUGGCUAAACGCAGGCGGCUCCUCGACUCAGACUCGGACAAUGUCCAGUUCGAGGCACGCGCACAGGCUGAUUCGAACAUACCCGAGUAUUCUUCCGAUCAGGCGCCUUCGUUUAUGGACCUGGCCGACCCCGACUCGCUUCAUCGAACCAAGCCCUUUGUCGUCCGAGCGUUUGCUCAGAAAGUCGGCUGGCCAGCCGUGCAGCCCUUUUGCCAUCGGUCUUGGUCUUCGGCCGAGCACCUAAUGUCGGCGGCAGGCCCGGCAAGAGUAGUCCCCGUCGAGGUAGGUGCCAACUACGCACGCCAAGAUUGGGGCCAGGACAUGAUCCUUUGGGCCGACUUUCUCAAACACUGCCACUGGGACACGUUUGUAGCCCCGGAUCCGAAGCACGACUCAAAGGAAGCUUCGAUCGACCCACCGCCUGUGCUCUACAUGGCUCAGCACGAUCUCGCCAGUCAGUUCCCCGCGCUUUCGCAAGACUUUUUCUUGCCAGAAUACGUCUACACCUCGCCAGCGCCUCCGCCAGACUGGCCAGACUAUGCACCACCAGCAACGUCGGACGGCGUCAUUACAAAUGUGUGGAUCGGACCGGCGGGCACCGUGUCUCCCCCGCACUUUGAUCCCUUUUACAACUGUUUUGUGCAGGUGGUGGGCCACAAAGAAGUCUGGGCGGCUCCUCCAUCCUGCCGCCCCAUCAAAACAAUGACAGCGGCGGGCUUGCAGUCUGUUGAUAUGACCGAGCAGAGCAACGAUGGUGCCGUGGGCGCCGAGUCUAGCGUCACCGAGACACUGAUGUCCAACACAUCCGACGUCGAUGUCUUCGGCACGGAAGACCUGGUUGCCUCCCAAGUGCGCUCUGCCGCGUUCCGCUCGGUGCUCGGGCCGGGAGACCUGCUCUAUCUGCCUCCGGGCUGGUGGCACUCGUUGCGCAGCCUCACCCGAAGCGCAUCAGUAUCGACAUGGUUCUGA